AUGUCGGCCAAAAUUCAAAAGACGCUUGCGCGACAGCAGGAAAAGGUCAAAGAAGGCCAGUUCUACGAAGCCCAUCAACAACUGCGCGUCAUCGCAUCCCGCUACACAAAGUCGAGCGACUGGGCCUCUGCAGUCGACCUGCUCGCCUCGGGUGCCUCUAUGCUCCUCAAGGCUGGACAAGGAGCAUCCGGAGGUGAUCUAUGCAUGUUCUUGAUGGACGUCUACGGCAGGGCUGAGUUGAAGCCCGACACAACGAACAAGGCACGUCUGUUGAGCCUGCUGCGCGAGUUCCCUGAAGGAGAACCCACGAGGAAAAGAUUUGCUGGAGAAGUCAUUGGAUGGUCAUCAAAGCUGGGCGAGUACCCUGCUGGAGACCCUGAGCUCCACCACGUUGUAGGCACACUGUAUGCCGAGGCAGAUGGCGAGGCUGUUGAAGCAGAGAAACACCUCACACUCGGAACCGCAGACUCGCCAGCAACCUUCGCAUCGCUUGAGUACAACUGGUACGCCUCGGACGAACCCUCGACUGCUCCGCUCUACGCAGCCCGUGUCGUGUUCCCUUAUCUGCUGGUCGGCAACCUUCGCGCCGCAAACAAGGCAUUCUUGCUUUUCACAUCCAAGCUAUCGUCGUCAAAUCCUGGUCUCGGUGUGCAAGAAGUCGGCUCAGCUUCAUCCGACCUGCGUGUUUAUCCCAGCCUUCCGUUGCUGAACUUCCUCGGCCUUCUGCUGCUCGCCAUUGAGAAAGGAUCCGCCGAUGUUUUCAAACAGCUCAAGAGUCACUAUGCCUCGUACAUCAAGGACGCAGGUAACUGGAACGAAGCACUCGCCCAGGUUGGAGAGAUGUAUUUCGGCAUCAAGGUUCCCAGCCAGAGCAACCCGCUAUUCGACAUGAUGAGUUCGUUCAUGGGAGGAGGUGGUGGCUCGGGUGGUCAGAAGCCAGCCAGCAGAAGGGUAGAGGCGGCACCAGCACCCGCUCCUGCACUGGACUGA